UGUGGGGAAACGUACUCUUAUAUUGGUGGCGGGAAAACAAAAAGAGGUAUGAGGCCCAGGGGAGGGAACAGCCUGGAGAUGUAGAUUUGGGAAUCAUCUGUCUUCCAGGGAAAUGAGCAGAGAUCACCCAGGGAUUGAGAACACGUGGACUGAGACGAGAGGAGGCCUAGGAAUACCGCUCCUCAAGGUGGCCCCGCAGCUUCCUGGCGGGCACCACCCCCAGGGCUCUGGAGUCAGGCAGAACCGGUGUUGAAAGCGGGCUGUGGGGCUCCGUUGCUGAGCGCUCUUGGCGAAGCUGGGUACCCUCCCUGUGAUCAGCAGUCACACCUGGCGAGAAUGGGCAUCUCAUAGGACUGCUGGGCGAGGACUUGAGGUGCGCCAGGACAGGAAAAGGAGGGGACAUCUCAACAUGGAAAGAUUCUACAAUGAAAAUGAAGGAAAGCCAGAAGAUGAAGUAGAUACAGAAGAUGAAGGAAAGUCAAAUGAGGAGGAAAAGCCCGAAGUGGAGGGAAAGCCAGACCAUGAGGGAAAGCUUCAGGACGAGGGACAGCCAGAUGACGAGGGACAGCCAGAUGAUGCUGGGGAGCAAGAAAAGCUGGGCAAGUCUGAAGAUGAGGGAAAAGCACGCAGUGAGGGCAAGCCGGAACCCCAGGCAAAGUCAGGGAGUGAGCCAAGGGCUGCCGAGAAGCGCCCGGCUGAAGAUUAUGUGCCUCGGAAAGCAAAACGAAAAACAGACAGGGGGACGGACGAUUCCCCCAAGGACUAUCAGGACGACUCACAGGACAGGCACGUGGGCAGUGAGGAGAUGAGAGAAUGUAGAGAUGUGUCAAGGGCUCAGGAAGAGCUAAGGAAAACACAGAAAAUGGGUGGUUUUCAUUGGAUGCAAAGAGAUGUGCAGGAUCCAUUCGCCCCAAAGGGCCAACGGGGUGUCAGGGGAGUGAAGGGCGGAGGUAGGGGCCAAAAGGGCUUACAUGAUAUCCCAUAUUUUUAGUGUCCUUGGCCUUCAUUUCUGGUUUUUCUGAUGAGAGUAUUGCUGACCCUGCUUUCCCUGGCAGGUAUUUGCCAGGCCAUGUGCUUUAACUUUAAGCUGAUAGUUUGCUUUAGGUGUCACUCUUGUUGGCAGCAGCCUUUUGAUCCAACUACAGAACUCUGUUUCAGUAGGGGAUUUCUACCCAUGUGCAUGGAAGAGAUGUCCAUGGUACUUUGUAAAACAACAGUAAAGAAAAAACUUUUCAGAACCACAUACACAGUAUCAGCCCGUUUUUGUAAAAACAUUAUGCUUGCAUAGUGCAUUUGUGCACAGUGUGUACACUGAAAGUGUGUACACUGAAAAGAAGACGCAAUGGUUUUUCCUCCAUGGUAACCAAAAAUAGGUCUUGCCUAUCCUCAAAAAUGAGUGCAGUUCCCCUGAUGGUUAGGCACCUCCAUACCAUUCCUCUGCAGGCAUGCCCAUACCAUGUUGUCCCCUAGUUGUUACCAUGUCAGUGGGCACUGAUGCCCCUUCUCCUGGGUCCUCUAUCGUCCCGUGCCUCCACUGAUUCUUUUUCUUUGCUCACUAAUCACCACUUUUUUUAAAAAGAUUUUUUAUUGGG